GUUUGGCUGAGGUACCUUAUGUUUUCUUCUUACGCCGAGGUGGCAUCUCUGAAGAGGAGGAUUGAUGAGUUCCUUAAGGACGUUGCUUCUUCCUUUGUGAAUGAGUUCUUAAACUUUCAAGACCAAGCCAAAAAGGUAUAUCUCGAGCUGGACCUGGACUCCUUUAUACCUUAAUUCAAGGUGUUAAAAAUAGCAGGCAUGGCUGCCGGAGAAGGAACUUCUACUGAGCCCGUAGGCACAGACAAGGAGGCUAUUGCCGAGGUGGCUGGCAUGGCUGCCGGAGAAGGAAUUUCUACUGAGCCCGUAGGCACAGACAAGGAGGCUAUUGCCGAGGUGGCUGGUACAGACAAGAAGCCCAUUGCUAAGGUGGCUGGCAAAGACAGGGAGCCCGUCGCCUGA